UAUUUAAUAAUUGUCAAUAGCGAUAAAUAUGUAUUAAAAUGUGUUUCUUGUUCAUUGCUGCUGGUUUACGGCUAGUUUCUAUUUCACCAUGUUCCUCCUGUCUAAAAAUCAACCUGCCGAGUGGCUACGAAGCGAGCCGAAGAUUUAUGUUCAAGCGCAACUUUUCUGCGCAUGUCAUUCUAAUUUUUGGAUCAAUGUUUUUUAAAAUGGUCGUAACGUAUUUUAUGUCAGCAAUUUGUAACACUGCAAGUGAGAUCAUGUCCGACGAAGAUGAUUAUAUGUCAGAUAAAUUUCUUGAGAGUCUUCAACAAAAUGCCAACAAAAGCUCUUCUAGUUUAAUUUAUAAACAAUCUGAGAAAAGACGGCUUGAAGUAGCUAAACGAAAAGCUGAACACGAUGCCAGGGUUAGAGAAAAAAAUAAAUCUUCACGGGUUAUGGAGAAAGAAUUGAGAGACAAACAAAUGUCUGAAGAAUUAACAUCUGAUAAUAAGGGUUUUGAAAUGUUAAUGAAGAUGGGCUACAAACCGGGUCAAGGUAUUGGAAAAAAUCUCCACGGUUCUUCGGAACCGAUACCCAUAAAUAUAAAAUCUGAUAGAUCAGGCUUGGGUAAAAGUAACAACUCUAGUUCGAUUAAUAAAAAAAAAAUAAAUCCGACCGCUAAGCUGGAGAGCAUGAAAACGGAGGACUUUCGCGAUAGAAUAGCGAUGAAAAAAUUACAACAGUUGCUGGAGAUCGAUUUAUUUAAAAGCCAAAAAGUGUGUGAACAGUUGGAUACCAAAAGUGGUAUCAACGAACCCGUUGAGUUAUGGUACUGGCCUAAAGUGGAGAAAGAGAAGAAAUCUGAUGAAGAAAAUGAAGAUGGAGAUGAAAAUAAAGAUGAUGAAGAUGAUAAUGAAGAUGAUGAUACUAAUGAAAUUCCUGCUGCGGAGAAAUUACAAAUUAUAAAUAAAUAUUUGAGGGAUAAAUAUUUUUACUGCAUCUGGUGUGGUACAGAUUUUAAUGAUGGCGAUGAUUUAGCUGAUAAUUGUCCUGGAGAUACGCGCAGUGAUCAUUAAUUAUUUUAUUUAUUAAAUUUAUAUAUAAGUUUUUUUAAUUUAAAUAAUAGAUAAUAAAAAUAUUGUCAUCAGCUGAUUCAGAAAAUUAUUGUUUGAUACUAUUAACACCUAGCGGGAGUUAAAUCAUCGCAAUGGGUGGGCAAAAAAUUUCUUAUAAAACCUGAACGUUGAUCCAGAAUUCUCUCAAUUCAUGUGUAAUUCUUGAAGGUCGCUGAUUGAAAUAGAGUUUUUGAUACUUAAA